AAAACUGAAGAAAAUACCGCAUUAGUCCAUUUAAUGGUGUAAGAUAAAACUAGUAAUUGAUAAAUAUGAGAUUGUUUUUCUUUAAACUAAUCAUCACUGUAGCUUCAAUUCCCCAGAACGCAGCUAUUAUACGUGGUGAUCGAGCCAAACUAGGGGAAUAUCCUUGGCAUGUUCUUUUAAAAAGGAAUCCAUCAGAUAAGUUGUUGUGUGGUGGCUCUGUUAUUGCCGAUAGAUGGGUUGUAACAGCAGCUCAUUGUAUUAACUGCCGGGAUUCCAUUUUUUUUGCUGUUUGGUACACUAAACCUGCUGGGAAGAGCCUUUAAUAUGACUUCUAACAUAUUGUUUUCACAUCCUUUAUUCACUCCCCAAUCUUUUGAAAAUGAUAUAGGACUUAUUCAGCUACCUAUGAUAUUACAGUUUAACGUUUAUAUUCAACCCAUUGAAUUAGUAACUUCGGCUGAAGCUGAACACAAUAGUUUUAUUGAUGCUCUAACACAUAUUAGUGGUUUUGGUUCCUCGGUCGAUAAUACUGUUGAACCAUCACCAUAUUUAUUAUAUGGAAGUGAAGAAGUUGUCGAAGUUAGUGUUUGUCAAUCGAGGUUUGCACCAGUGUCACAUAAUAUUUUGUGUUCGAUUGGUUAUACACGUCAUAACCAGCAUCCAUGCGUAGGUGACUCUGGCGGUGGUUUAGUAUGGAAAAAUAUAUGGAGUAAGAAUAAACUAAUUGGUGUAUUUUCUAUUCACGGUAUGCCAUGCUCGCGAAAUCCUUCGGGUUAUACUAAAGUUUCUUUGUUUUUAGAUUUUAUUAGUAAUAUAACGGGUAUAACUUAUUAUUAAAUUAAAAAUUUUUA